AUGCCAGUACAUGCGGGUAGCCAAGCGGUCCCGAUUUAUGGAAACUAUCAUGGAUAUUACUCUAAGCGUCCCUUCAUCCGAGAUCCACGACUGGCUUUGCUCCCCACCGAAUUCUUCGUGGGUAAGCGAGUUCUGGAUGUUGGAUGCAACGAAGGCUGGGUGACUUGUGAGAUAGGACAGUUCAGGGGGGCACAACAGGUCAUCGGAGUUGAUAUUGACGAUACUCUUAUCAGAGCUGCCUGGAAGAGAAGACGCACAGUGUGGAGUCUUCAGUCUCCUGAAAGCGGAGAUAUCAAUGAGGAGCGUUGCCCACCGCCCAAACGACAACGACUUCUCGGUGAUGCGUCCACUACGGACAAUAACACUCACAAUUAUUUCCCUGCAUCGUGCGAACAUAGCUAUGGUCCAUUGCCCAUCCCAGGCAGAGGAUGCGGUGCUUUCCCGCGCAAUGUCACCUUCCGAACAGUUGAUUGGGUGAAGGAUGAGAUACCGGAAGAUUACGAUCAAUACGACAUUGUUUUAGGGUUUUCUGUCUCAAAAUGGAUUCAUCUCAAUAACAAGGACGAAGGACUGAAAGAAUUCUUCUACCGAGUUCACCAAUGUCUGAAAAUGGGGGGUGUUUUCGUCCUUGAGCCACAACCUUGGGACACUUACUCAAAGGCUCGAAGGAUGAGUGAGACUCUGAAAGAGAAUGCAAAAUAUCUACAACUCCGUCCAGAUGGCUUUGGGGAACUACUGGAGGAGCUCGGAUUUAGUCAUGGUCAGCGCCUUGGGGUCACUGGGAAAGGCGGCUUCCGUCGCCCCGUUGAUCUCUACUUGAAGCAGCGAUAA